AUUUGUAUACAUGCAACAUAUCAUUACUGCAUUUUAUAGCAUUGCCUCACAAUGAAAAUAUCACUCAUGCUACAGCUUUCUUUCAUCACCAUGCUGGUGGUGCUUUUUUUGAUUAAUUCUCCAGUGUAUGGUCAUUGUUUAGGCGAUCAAAAGGCGUUGUUGCUUAAACUAAAGAAUGGCCUUACAUUCGAUUCAUCUUUGUCAACCAAACUGGUAAGAUGGGAUCAAAACACUGACUGUUGCCAGUGGCCAGGUGUAAGUUGUGAUCAGAAAGGUCAUGUGCUUGUUUUGGAACUGGACAACGAAACAAUUUUCAGAGGACUUGAGAAUCCAACCAGUCUAUUCGAUCUUCAGUAUCUUGAGAAGCUGAAUUUGGCUUAUAAUCAUUUAAACUCUGUUCAAAUACCGAGAGAAGUUUAUAAGCUCACAAACUUAACAUACCUGAAUUUGUCAUUUGCUGGUUUUGGUGGGAAGAUUCCAAUGGAAUUGUCAAGAUUGACGAAGUUAACGUUUCUUGACCUUUCUAAUGUCGCAUUAAAGCUUGAGAGCGGAGAUCUGAAGGCACUGGUUGGAAACCUGCCAAAUCUUAGAGAACUUUAUCUUGAUGAAGUGUACAUACCAUGGAAGGGGAUUGAGUGGUGCUCAACUUUAUCUUCAUCUCUGCCUCAGUUAAGAGUGUUAAGCAUGACAAAUUGUGGCAUUUCAAGCCCUUUUGAUCCCGUCCUCUUAAAUCUUCAUUUCCUUUCAGUCAUUCGUCUGGAUGACAACAACUUGUCCACUAUAGUUCCUGAAUUUCUAGCAAAUUUUACAAAAUUGACAACCCUCAGUCUCAGUAACUGCAACUUGAGAGGUGAAUUUCCGAAUAAGAUCUUUCAGGUAACAACUCUACAGGAGCUUGAUUUAUAUGGCAAUGAAAAACUCACUGGCACUUUACCUGACUUUUCACAGAAUGGUUCAUUAAGGGAGUUAGGUCUUGGCAGAACAAAUUUCACAGGUUCACUUCCAGAUUCAAUUGCUAACCUCACAACCUUGACCGAGAUUGACUUAAGUUCAUGCAAUUUCUUUGGACCUAUCUCAUCAAAAAUGGAAAAUCUAAGAGAUUUAGUUUAUUUAGACUUUUCAUUCAAUAGCUUUACUGGCUCAAUCCCACUAUUUCGUAAGGAAAAGAAGCUCAAUUACAUUGACCUUUCUUAUAACAAUCUAACAGGUCCACUUUCUUCUACUCAUUUUGGAGGUCUUUCAGAGCUUGAGUAUCUACACUUGGAAGAAAAUUCUAUCGGUGGGACCCUUCCGACAGUUGUGUUUUCUAUUCCAUCAUUGCAGGUGCUUGAACUUCAGAAUAAUCACGUCAGUGGAGAAGUCCAUGAAUUUGCUAACGCGUCCUCCUCUUUUUUGUAUAAACUUGACUUGAGCAAUAACUAUCUAAAUGGAUCAAUCCCCUGGUCUAUCUUUAAACUCAAUAGGCUUUCACAACUCUCACUUUCUUCCAACUCCUUCAGUGGGACCAUUAAUAUCGAAGCGAUAAAGGGACUUCCUAGGCUAAAAAUACUUGACCUUUCUUACAACAAUUUGAGAAUUGAUGUACAGGGUAGUAAUUCAACCUCAUUUCCCUUUCCCCAAAUGAGUGAACUGAACUUGGCAUCAUGCCAGUUGCAAAAGUUCCCGGAUCUCAAAAACCAGUCACUCAUAUUUGCUUUAGACCUUUCAUACAACAGGAUCAAGGGCAAUAUACCCAUUGUACCUAAUUCUCUUAUCUACCUUUCAAUUGCCAAUAAUAAACUUACGGGAUCAAUACCCUCUUCCAUAUGCAAUCUAUAUCAGCUUCAAUUUAUUGAUAUGUCAAACAAUUCCAUAAACAACAAACUACCUCCAUGUCUAUUUCAAAUGUUUGACUAUCUCUCAGUGCUGAAUCUAGGGAGAAACAGACUAAGUGGCAUUAUUCUUGAUACAUUUUUGUCAAACUGCAGUUUGAAAACUUUAGACCUCAGCAACAAUAACUUAGAAGGAAAAGUACCAAGAUCCCUGCAAAGAUGUGCAUUUCUGGAGGUUUUAGACAUUGGAAACAACAAGAUUAGAGAUACAUUCCCAUGUAUGUUGAAAACAUUACCCAGUUUGCACAUCCUAGUCCUAAGGUCGAACAAGUUUUAUGGAGAUCUCCUGUGUCGUAUAGCUAAUCAAACAUGGUCGAAGCUUCAAAUUAUAGAUAUUGCAUCCAACAAUUUCAGGGGAGCACUGCUACCACAUUACUUCUCGAGCUUGGAAGGCAUGAUGAAGAGCAGAAAUCCAGAGCCACGACUACACUACUUGGAAGUUGAAUUCAUCAACUAUGGCCUCUACUAUCGAAAUAGAGUGACUUUAACUCUCAAAGGUCAGGAGAUGGAGAUUGAGAAUAUUCUUGAAGUUUUUACUUCCAUCGAUUUCUCCUGCAACAACUUUGAAGGAGAGAUACCAGAGGUAUUGGGAGAUCUCAAAUUGCUUUACCUUCUUAACUUAUCGCACAAUGCUUUGACAGGAAGAAUACCAAAGGCCCUCGGAAAGUUGACUCAGCUUGGAUCCUUAGAUCUUUCAGUAAACCAGUUAAGUGGGAGAAUUCCAGACGAGCUCGCGAGUCUCACAUUCCUUGCUUUCUUGAACCUAUCUUUUAAUCAACUUUCCGGUAGGAUUCCAAGAGGAAACCAACUUCAGACAUUCUCAGCAGAAUCUUUUGAAGGGAACACAGGGCUGUGUGAUUUUCCGCUGAAGAAACUGUGCAGUGACACCAAAAUGAAUGGAUCGUCACAACCAAGAAGACAUUCUGACGAUGAAACAGUUGAUGGGAAAUAUAUAAGUUUUGCAUUGGGAUCUUCAUUGUGUUUUGGUAUCGUUACCUGGCUGCUUUUGCAUAGCACAAGAUAUAAUGAGCUCGUUGACAGACUUCUUUUCAGAAUUUUUGGUGAGCACAAAAAGGCAGGCAGAAAUAGAAACAGAAGGAGGUCAAGGUAAGUUAAGCUUUAUUAGUGUAGAGUACACAAGGUCAUUUUGUUCACUUGGUGCCUAAGCUUUGAGGUUGGAUCUUUUUACAUUCUGUUUUGCUGGAUAAGCCUGCAUGUUGAAUGAAUUAAGGAGUUCAUUUUGUGUUUUCUGUAUGCGAAAUUAGUUUCUUUUAGGAAGCAAUUAACACCAUAUUUACACAAAUAUAUACAGCUGUUACAUAGAUAAUAUACAGCUAUU